UGGACGGAGGGAGUACCGAGUCGGGGUUCCCCGAGUGGGAUUGGUUGUCUUCGUCAUCCUCGGGCCUGCCCCCUGCGUUUCCAGGCUCUAGCUUGCCCACAAGCGGCGAGCCGUCGCCCAUGGAGAACGGCGAGCGGAGCAGCGCCAAGAGGGUGAGGGUGCCGUCGCCGCCCGGGAAUCGCGUGAAGCAAGAGGUGCCGGCCUGGGAGGAGGAAGCAAGCGGAGGAGGCGAGACCGAGGCGAUGGAUGGCGCCGCCGCUAGGGCGGAGGUCGUGGUGAGGAUCGACAAAGAGAUGCUCCACUGCCCGAUCUGCACCCUCCCGUUGAAGCCCCCGAUCUUCCAGUGCGGGGUCGGGCAUACGGCCUGCGGCAGCUGCCACGGCCAGCUCCCCACCAACCAGUGCCACUCCUGCGACGGCGGCGGCGGCGGCCUCUACGGUCCCUGCCCGGUCAUGGACGCCUUGGUCGCCAAGGCCGUGGUGCCGUGCCCGCACCAGGCGUACGGCUGCCGUGCCUCCGUCGCCUACUACCAGGCCUCCGAACACGGGAGCACGUGCCCGCACGCGCCCUGCGCCUGCGGGGAGCCCGGCUGCGCCUUCGUUGGCUCCCCGCCGGCGCUCCUCGCUCACCUCGCCGCCGCGCCGCACUCUUGGGCCGUGGAAAACUUCCGGUACGGCGAGACGCUCCGCCUCAGCGUGCCGGAGCCCGAGGCGCGGCGCCUGCUCGUCGCGGAUGGGGACGACGGCAGCCGGCGCGUGUUCGUCCUCGCCGUGGGCGACCGCGCCUCGCGCACCGUGCCGGUGUCGGUGGCGUGCGUCCGGGCGCCCGGCGCGGCGGCGGCGGGGCCGCAGUACACGUGCAAGAUGUGGGCGACCGGGGACAAGGCCCCCGCCACGGGCAAGGUGGAGAGCGUGCUGGUGGACAUGGAGGUGCCGAGCGCCGCGGCGGCCGGCGCGGUGGCGGCGGACGACGAGAAGGCCACGUUCCUGGGGGUGCCCCGCAAGAUGCUCCGCGGCGCGUCGAGGCAGAUGCUCCUCAGCGUCCGCAUCGGCAGGGCCUCCGGCUGACGCCCAUGCGCUGCUGAAUUCACUCGAGUAUUUUGAUUAUCGAUCGACGAUCGCCUAGGUCAUGCUAGCAUAAUCUGUUGUUUUGUUAGGCAAGUGCUAGAACAUUACAUUGUCUGCUACUCAGUACUUGUGAAACUCUUCUCUAUGAUGUUCUGAUGUUCUCAACAUGCUGCAUAUUUGUUGAAAUGCAGUUUUUUUUCUUUUCUGAUGGACAUGUUGAAAUUCAAGUUGAG